UGGUGCCUUGUUUUAGAUGACCUCUAGACCGUGGACAAACAUCAUAUGACUACUUAUAUCACCUGAGAUAUGUAAAUAAGUUAGGUAUUAGCAACACAAGGCAAAGUGCUAAGGAUUUGACAUGAGUCUAGUAGCAGAGUAACUGAUGACAACAAUUUCUGAAACGUAUAAUCAGCCAUGCAAAUUUGAAAAAAGAUUAAGGGUAUUUUACAGGAGUAUUUCCGUGUUUGUUUGACUUCAUACUGAAUGAUAUGUAAGAAAGGAAAAAUAUGCUAAAGGUGCAAAGCUGAGCAAAGACAACAAAGAGACAGCACAUCGCACAGUGACACCACAUUGCAAGGUGACUGUUCAACAUGGAGAGGGAGGAAGAACAGCCAUUGCUGUCCAGUGAGAAGGGCAGUGGGGGGACCACAAAGUACGCCACAGUUGUGGACACCAAGGACGAAAACAAGAAAAAUGACAGACCAAAUUACGUCCCCAAAUGUCCAAUUACAGUGGAGCCAUUUAUGUUCCUGUACUUCUUUGCCCUCAUGGGGUUUUCACCUCUCAUGACUCAGUACCUGUACAAGAGACUGGGGGAAGACAACCAGUCCCAUUCAACUAACAUCUCCCACUGUGACCAAAACACCUCUGAUCCAUACUACAUAGCACAACAGAAAACGCAAGCAGAAGCCUCAGAAUGGUCAAUAUAUUUUUCCAUAACCUGUGCUAUACCAUCUAUGGUGGUGACUGUCUUCUAUGGAGCCUACAGUGACAAAGCUGGACGUAAACUUUGUCUAAUUCUUCCAGCCAUAGGAAGCCUUCUCCGUCAGGGUGGCACCCUGGCAAUAAUAUAUUUCAACUGGCCUCUGUAUUGUUUACUACCUGCAUACUUUGUAGAAGGAUUAUUUGGGUAUUUCACAACAGCCUUUAUGGGAUGUUUCUCAUACAUCGCCGAUAUCUCUACUGCUAAGAAUAAGGCCAUCAAAAUCGUCAUUGGGGAAGCAUGUUCAAUGCUUGCUGCAGCACUAUCAGAGAUUGUAAUAGGAUAUCUGAUCAAGCUUUUUCCAGAUUUUUCUGUACCAACGGUUGUUACUGUAGGCAGUAUUCUCCUGGCUUUGCUCUAUGCAAUAUUUUUCAUCCCUGAACUGAUUGAGAAGGACCCCGAGGCCAAACUCCUUGACUUCAGUAACUUGCUUCAAGUGGUAAAGCUGUUCUUCCAUGUGCCUGAUGCUGGACAAGAAAAGCUCAUUUCCAAACCAGUGCAACCUGAUCAACAGACUCCCCAUUUACCAGCUGGUAAUGUGGCUCCACCCAGUGACAAUAUCCAAACAUUCCCUGCUCAGCAUUCAGUCUCUACUGGUUCAGUGGAGGCAAACAGACAAAUCUAUAGCUCAGUGUUGGGAGAAGACCACUCAUUACCACACAGAGACAUUUCACAAACUGAGAAAGAUCAUAUGGUGCUUUCAGCUCCCCCAGGAAGAGUAUGGAAGUUGCGAAUGUUGAUAUUAAUUUUGUUUUUAAUUGCAAUUCCAAUGAUAAGCUCUACUGUGGACACAUUAUACGUGCUCAAUCUCCCUUUCUGCUGGACAAGUGAAAAGAUAGGCUGGUAUAAUGCAAUACGAAUCAUGAUCAUCCAGUUGGCCAGCAUGGUAGGUAUAGUGCUGAUGCGUAAGGUGUUCAAGUUGUCAGAAGUUACAGUGGCUAUGGUUGCCCUGCUAAGUUAUAUAUCAUCCAAGAUAAUCAUAGCAUUCGCCCAAUAUGACUACAUGAUGUAUGUGGGUGCUAGCAUAGGUGCUCUUUCCUUGCUGUCUAUAGCUAUGCUGAGGGCUGCCAUGUCUCAACUUGUCACCCAUCAUGAACAAGGGGCUUUAUUUGCCAGUAUUUCUCUAGUAGAGAGUGUCUGCACCCUCCUGGGAAAUACAAUAUUGAACAGUAUCUAUGCUGCCACUGUGGCCUGGUUCAGAGGCUAUGUGUAUUGCAUUAUGUCUGGACUCUGCCUAAUUGCUCUGAUCAUUCUUGGAAUCUACCAAUUCAAGACUUUGAAAAGAAAAUCAGCCAAUACAACUUCUAAGCUUGCAAUAAAUUGAUGAAGACAAUUUGGCAAACUUUGUCUUGGAAACUGCACACAAUGAAGGUGUUUCAUGAAAAUGUAUAUUUUUCAUAAUACUACAAACUCAAGUACUGAAUGAUAUGCUCCUUCAUAUGAAAACACUUAAAUGCUUUAUAGAGGGUAAAAAAAUUAAGCACUUAGUCAUAUGAAUUGUCACUAAUGACAUUAACCAGUCAAUGCUGAACAUUCUUUGAUAACACUUGUAUAUCCUGCAAACAGGAUACCUAAGAAGACGGUUGUCAAUUGUUAUACCAAAAUGUUUUUUCCUUAAUCAUAAUUCAUAAUAUAUUUUCCAUGUUUUGAACUAGAUUAUCUUCAUUUAAAUAUAUCAGUUUGUCACACUAUCACAUGUUAGGUCAAGCUUUAUCUCACAGCAUCUGCAUGUAAAUACUGUUCUGUUUUCAUUUAUCAAAUAGUCAUCAAGUGGUUAAGUUGUUGGGUUGCCAUAUAAUAGUAUUUAUUAAAAACAGAACAUUUCUACUAUAUGUGAUUAUAAUAUUCAUCCUUUAAAAUAUCCAAAUAUGGUUAGGUGAGACAAUUUCCACUUUUUUCAUUUUGCCUGAUAAAAAUAUCAAGAUUAUUUUAAUCUAAUGUCUCUCAGCAACUGUUCCAAUGCUCUGAAUAGCAUUUUUGACACCAAUUCUGGGGUCAUUCCAUCAUAGAGUUAUGUUUAAGCAAAGUAGGUCCCUUUAAAACAAUGAUAACUUUAAAACACAAUAAUAAA